AAGAAAAGAAUAAUUCAGGACCUUCAAUUUUUAUAAAGAAAAAAUUCAUCGUUCUCUAUAUAUUGCCCAGCUAUCUUCUAGUUUGAAGAUGUUGCGAACGCAAAUAUCUUCGCAAAAUCAGUGUAUGUUAACGUCGGAUUCAGAUACAGAAUCCGAUGAUCUCAGCAAAUAUUUUAGUGCCCUAGUACCCCCGAGAUAUACGAAAGGAAAAGGCGUUGAAGGGGAAACUAGUAGCCAAAGUGCGAAGGGAUGGAAGGAAGAUUUGGAAUCAUUGGUGAGACGUGCAGAAAUGUAUCAAGACUACAUGAAAGAGAUUGAAAUCCCAGGAAAUCGAGGGUCAGUUAUCCCUUUCAACACAUGGCAAGAUCUAGCAAAAUCAAUGAAGCAACUGUACAAGCAGCCACUGCACUACCUUACCAAUGUACAGAUGAAGCAGUGGGACAAAGCAAGACUCGAUACUGAACAAGAGCAGGUUCCGAUGGACAAUUUCGUGCACCCUGCUAAGGCCGAGGCUACUGUAUGGCUAAUUGAAGAGAUCCACAGGCAAAACACAUCUCACCUCUUUCUUGCUAAAAUUUGGUCCAAUGAACCCCUUAAUUACCAUGCAUUUGUGGAUCCAUUCUAUCAUCAUCAGUACUAAUUAAGUAACUAUAUGGCCGGAUAAGAGGCCAGGCGAAUCGAUAGUAGUCGAUAUAUUGUCUUUAAUUAGGUUAAUUAGAUUUUGAUGCAUGCGAAGGGUUAAUUGUCUCUUGCUAGUACUGGAACGACUGCUGUUUGUAGUUUAUCAUGACCUUCAAAUUGCAUGCAUUUAUCUUGUAAUUCAGAUACUGUCUUGCCCUGUCAUCGUUUGUCUGUCUGUUGGAUUUCACAUAGCCAGGCGACGAUUGCAAUGGAGGCUCAUUUUCACAUAGUACGUACUUGUUAUACAAAAUACUAUGUUACGUAUUAA